GACCGCUAAUAAUGGCAGACCCAAAGUUCCAAUACUUGCCUUACAUUGCUCACGACCAACCCGACGUGUACGAGACUCCGGAUGUGAACGAAACCGAAACGUCGGAUUACGAUGAGGAUGAACCCGUGAACGAUGCGAUCGAACGGUUGCACCUAUCAACGAAGGACUCGAUCGGAAAGUUCCGUGGCAAGUAUCUGGCCGGUGACGUGGAUUUCUCGGACGGUAUAGGCCGGAAGAAUCGACUUGGCUAUGACGCACGCAGUCUCGACUACGAGCUGGCAGGCGAAGGCGAGCGGGAAACUCCGCUGCAACGUUGCCAUCGUCUGAAGUGCGAAAUGAAUGAGCUGAUGGAAGAGAUCGAAGCAUCCCGUGCGGAUACUGGCCGCACUGCGGAAGAAAAAGCUUCCUACGAGACGGUGUUUGGGGUGGUCAGUACCGCAAAGAAGGUGUUGGAAAGCCUAAAACUGGAACAGGUGAUCGGCAGCGAGGUGGUCGCCGGUGGUGGUGAUGCGGAAGCGAAGAAACUAAUCGCUCAGAUCGAAGAGUACAAGAAGACGGGGGCCGUUACGAGCAGCGAUCCAAAGAUGGUUGCCAACGAGCUCAUGCAGAGUGCACGCGUCGCUCAGCUGGAACAUCGGCUGCAUCAGCUAGAGGUGGCUGUAGGUGCGAAACCGGAACGUAUAAGCCGUCUAGCCGGCACAACUGGCACAGGCAAUCUAAUCGAAGCGGUACAGAACAUAUCGGCUAAGGCGGCACUAUUGCAACCGGGUCAGCUGGAUACGAUGGAACAGCGAUUAAACAAUUUGCUGCAGCAAAUGAACAGCAUACAGGAGAAAUCGAACGCAACUGGACAGGAUCCUAAUCGGGAACAAAAGAUCUUGGAACUUUACGAAAUUGCGAAAAGUACCGAACCGAUCGUACAGAUCCUUCCCGAUAUGCUGCACCGUAUGCAAACUUUGGAAUCUUUACACAAAUACGCUACCAACUUUAGCAAACUGUUUGCCGAGCUGGAAACAACGCAAGCUUCCAUCCUGAAUGGGGUGGCCGCCAACAAAACACUUCUCACCGGUGUGCAGGAAGCAUUUGCACAAAAUUUAGAAAACGUUAACAAGGAGGUAAAGAAGUUGGAGGAACGCAUGACCAAACUGCAGCAGAUGAUUAAGUAAACUGCAGACGCUAUUGCACGGACAGAUUCCAUUCUCAAGUAACUUUGUGUGUUAAACCACGCUUCUGGCAUCAUAACAUUAUUCCCUGCAAUGCGCAUUGGACAUUGGAUAUUUAUUUAAUCGCAAUCUAUUAUUUUUAACUAAUCGGUCCAAAUAGAAAAGCAGCUGCAAGCCGCUCUCUCGGGCAGGAUGUAUUCCCAAGUAA